AUGGCGUCUCGCUUCCUCAGCCGCCCCGGCGUGCGCCUCUCCCUCGGCAUGACCAAGCUCUGGUUUGCCUGGCACCUCUUCGCCACGCACGGCUUCCAGGUCGGCCCCGCCGACGGGCCCUCGAUGCUGCCGACUUUCUCCACGUACGGCGACUGGAUCGGCACCGACAAGCGCUACCGCCUCGGCCGCGGCGUCCGCGUCGGCGACCUGGUCCUCUACCAGAUGCCCUUUGCCAGGUACGACAUGGGCGUCAAGCGCGUCGUCGGCCUGCCGGGCGACUACGUCUCGGUGGGCACGCCGGGCCAGCAGGGGGAAGAAAGCAUGAUUCAGAUUCCAGAUGGGCACUGCUGGGUUGUUGGUGACAAUCUGGUGGCUUCGAGAGAUUCGAGAACGUUUGGUCCAUUACCCCUUGCCCUCAUACAGGGCAAGGUCGUGGCAAAGGUCUUGCCAUGGAACGAACGGCAAUGGUUUGAGAACCCGCUCCAACGAGUCGAGCAAUAA